UCCUUUCUGUGCUGAAAGAUGCUGUUCCAGUCUCUGGAGAAGCUGCAGAAGGAGAAAGCAGAUGAACAGGAAAUGUUGGCAGCCAUGGACACGAAGGCUGACAAAGCUGCCUUGGGCAGCAAAGUCAACUGCAGCCAGUUUGAUGCAAAUAUGGAGCGGCUGGAUGAGAGGAUGCAGGAGCUGCAGAGCCAGAUUUCAGGCCAGGAGGAGCACUGGAACAAGAUGCAGCAGCAGUUCAGUGAUGCAAUGGAAGAGAAGCUGGAUCGCCUGGAGCUGAAGGCUUUCAGUAGCGAGAUAGAAGAGACCUGGAAUAGGAACAUUGAGGAACUUGAGACAAGGUGGAUGCGUGAAAGUGCCGCUGGGUUUAAGAAGUGA